AUGACACAUCAGGUUGUGCUCGGAUGCGUGCUCCUCGCCCUACUUGGCGUGGGGGAGGUGGUCGCCGACGCCGGGUCCAAGGCGAAGCGGGGACUGCCGGCAGCCGGCCUCGGGUCCGGGAUCGGCCUCGGGUCCGGCGCCGUCCUCUCUUCGGGCCUCGGACAUGGGGCGGUGCUGUCGUCGGGCCUCGGCCACGGCGCGCUGCUGUCUUCGGGCUACGGCCUCAGCGGUAGUCUCGCAGGGGGACUCGUCUCCGGAGGCCUCCUAUCCAGUACCGGCCUCGACGGAGGCCUCAUAUCCAGCGCUGGCCUCGGCUCUGGCGGUAUCGGCCUGCUCUCAGGCGGCCUGGUGUCCGGGGCCUUGGCGGCACCCACCCGCACCGUGUCCACCGUGAACCAAGUGGUACCGUACGCCGUCGCGCAGCCCUACGCCGUGACCGUGAACCGCCCGGUGCCGGUCAGCGUCCCGCAGCCCGUGCCCGUGGACGUCCCGCGCGCGGUGCCCGUCCCCGUGCCGCAGCCUGUCCCCGUGGAGGUGCCCAGGCCUGUCCCGGUGGACGUCCCGCGCGCCGUGCCCGUCCCCGUGCCCAGGCCCGUCGCGGUGCCCGUGGCGCAGCAGGUCCCCGUCCCCGUGGCGCACCACGUGCCCUACGAGGUGCAGCAGCCCGUGGCCGUGCCCGUGCCCCACCCCGUGGCCGUGGCCGUGCAGAGGGGCGUGGGCGUCAUCGGCCAUGGCGGCCUCCUCGGGCACGGCAGCGUCAUCGGCCACGGGGCCCUCCUCUCGCACGGCGCAGUCCUGGGGGGCGUCCGCACGGCGUACGGCUCAGGCUACGCCAGCAGCCACAGCUCCAACUACAUCGAGCACCACUAG